AUGAAUGGAAAUUCUCAAAACAAUUUUAGAGGUGGCUGGAAUAAUAUGCCACCCACUCAUUUUAGUCGGGGACAAAUUCCUCACGGUAGUGGUCCUCGCGCCUUUGCUCAUAACUGGCACAUACCUCAUCAAAUGCCGGCAUACUAUGCUCGUAACCCGCACAUACCAUAUCAAGCGCCGACAUACUAUCCUGAUAACCGGCACAUACCACAUCAAGCGCCGGCAUACUAUCCUGAUAACCGGCACAUACCACAUCAAGCGCCGGCUCACUAUGUUGAUAACAGGAACUUACCACAUCAAAAACCAACUGAUAAGUUGAAUCCCAAGGAUAUGAAAAAUCAUAAAGAAGGAAAGAGAUUUCGAAGAAGGUUAUUAAAACUACUUGAGCAAACGAAACGUAAACCUUCCAGUGGAGAAGAGAUUAGACAUAAUCAAAGUUCUCAAAUUAGUAAAGAAGUCUAUGCUGCUAACAAGUGCUUAUCACAGCAAACACCUAAAGACUGUGCUGAUAAGAGUCAGUUACCCGAUCAAACAUCAGAACAGUGUGCUGAUAAGAACUUAUCACAGCAAGCACCUAAAAACUGUGCUGAUAAGAGGCAGUUAUCUGAUCAAACAUCAGAACAGUAUGCUGAUAAGAACUUAUCACAGCAAACACCUAAUGACUGUGCUGAUAAGAGGCAGUUAUCUGAUCAAACAUCAGAACAGUAUGCUGAUAAGAACUUAUCACAGCAGACACCUAAAGACUGUGCUGAUAAGAAGUGCUUACCACAACAAACACCUGAAGACUGUGCUAAUAAGAAGUGCUUACCACUGCUUUUACAAAAAUGUGAAAUUUGUGAUCUUAAGUUGGAUCCCAAGUCUAUGGAUAGUCAUAUCAAAGGAAAGAGACAUCGAAGAAGGUUAACAGAACUACGUGAACAAUCAACGAAACAUAAAACUUCAAAUGGAGAAGAGAUUAGACCUAAUCGAAGUUCUCAAACUAGUUAUAAGAGAUUACAACCGAUGAUACGUUGUGAAAUUUGUAAUGUUCAGUUAGGUCCCAAGUGUUUGAAAUAUCAUAAUAAUGGACUGAAACACAAACUAAGGGUAUUAGAACUACGCGAGAAAUCAAUGAAACAUAAAGGUUCAAAUGGGAAGGAGAUUAGCCAUAUUCGAAGCUCCCAAAUUAAUCCAGUAGUUCAACCUGUUGCUCAUGUUCCAGCUGAAAUGUCUAAAAGGAAAGUCAGGGAUAACACCGAUGCAAAGGAUCAUGGUUUUAAACACGAGAUUGAAGGAGCAACAGGAGGUAAGUACAUGAAGAUGAAUAAUGGGAUAAGAGGGUCUGUAAAAAAUGAUCAGGCACAGUCAACUCCAGUUGAAUUGAUGGCCUCAGCAGGCGCUAAUAUUAUUGCCGAAAAAGAAUAUGUAAGUUGUGAUUUUGCUGCAACAGUAAUACCACAAGGUCCUGUGGCUUCUCAUGUAUUCACACCACCACCACCAGCAGUAGAAUCAAGUUUUGAACCCAAAAAUCGUAUUGAUUUACCGAGAGAAGUAACAGUAGCCAAAGAACAUCAAUGUGGUGUGGAAACAAAUGAUGAGCUGCAAUUAAUCUCAAUGGAUGCAGUGGGGUCAAGUUUUGAGCCUGGAACUGAGCAUGGUCUAGAUACUGAAACAGAACCGCAUAUGUCGGAAGCCAUAUUAUAUACUGAGAGCCAACAUCCCACGGAGGAAACAGAUAUUGAACUGCUGCCACCUGUCUUAAUGGAGACUGAUGUCGCUUUAGAGGUCAGUGCUGAAACCAAAACUGAAGAUGGAAAUUCUCAAGCGGAAAUGAAGAUGGAUGUCGAUCUUUCCCCUGAAUCAGGGAAGACUAAGUUGCUUAAGGUGUCUGUUUGUCUUACGUGUGGGGAUAAAGGCUUUGAAAAGUCAAUAGUAUAUUGCAGCAAAUGUGGAGAUUAUGCAAUGCAUAGAUAUUGUUUAGCCCGUCCUGUGGCUUUUACCGACAAGGUUACUUGGUUUUGUAUGGAUUGUGAAGAAGUGGUAGUAGAAGCAGAACGUCCUAACAGUGAGACUCCCGAAUCAAAAAAAGAUGAAGUUGUUUGUGAUCCGCAGCCUAUUGCUGAUCCAAUCUGGAGGGGAAGUUUGCAGGUUUUCAACAAAAGCUUUGAUAAAAUCAGGGGAUUAAUGGGCCAUUUGUCCACAUUAGCUAGCCCUAAAGUUCUUGAAGAGGCAAGUCAUCUCCCUGAUGUGCUUUAUGCCAACUUGCUUCAAAGAUCAGCUGUGUGGCCAGAGAGCUUCAAGAAAUUUAGAACAAAUAAUCUGAGCAUUGGUCUCUAUUUCUUUCCUGAGAAUGAAAGAGUUGAGAGAUAUUAUGACCAGCUAGUUGAUGAAAUGAUUUCCAAAGAUCUUGCCAUUAGAGUCAUAGUUGAAAAAACUGAGCUUAUAAUUUUUCCUUCUACAUUGCUCCCAAGACAAUACAAGAGAUUUCAUUCAAAAUAUUAUUUGUGGGGAAUUUUUAAAAGCAAGUCUCAAGCACCUUGA